AUGCGGGCUGGCAUCAAGGCCACUAACACCAUCGCCGUGAGAGAGGAGGCGGGAAGUGUUAGAUGUUUGGUUUAUAUUGGGUUACCGGAGAAUCCGCAGUUUUUGGGUGCGCAGGAUCCUGAUGCGCUGGCGAGGAAGAUUCUGGAGAGCAAAGGUCCGAGUGGCGAGAACAAGGAGUACCUCUAUAAUCUGGAGACUGCACUGCUUGGUUUGAGCUACAAUAGCGGAGACGCCCACGUAAGUGAUUUAGUAAGGCGAUGCAAAGCGCUGGAGAAAGAAGCUGGAAUCGGGAACGAUCACGGAGACGGCGGUGCCGAAGGGCUGUACAGAGUAGGAAGCACCGAGGAACAAGAGGAGGUCGAAAAGUAA